AUGUCGUUACAACAAGAUACGGAACUAGAAAAGCAUCUACUUUCAAGAUGUUACGACUCACAAUCAAAAAUAGUUGAGUUGCUUCAGGAUAGGUAUUCAGUAACUGGUUCACAAAAGUCUACAAUACUAUUUAAAAACAUUGUUACUGAUACCAAAAAACCAAGGUCAUUACUACACCAAGAAAACACCCAACCAACCAAGAUAACCCAAGAAAGGAAGAAAACCACAAGACAGGUUUUGAGAGAAUAUAUAUCUGGCACUCUCAAUAAUCAGCGCAAAUUAAUCAAGAAGAUACAGUCACAUAAUCGGAAAAACACGACUGGUCACCAACCUUUCCCAAUUCACCAAUACUUGCAAAAAUACAAGAUUCCCAAUUUUGAUGACUUUUUCCAAAUGAAUAAGCUUUGGCAAAAAUACGCUCAAGAUUUGAUAUUUCAAAAUGGUAACCUGAUGCAAUCAUUAUCAAGUAUAUUACCGCGAUUAACGGCUGCUGAUUUUAAUGGUUGUCUAUUAACUGUUCUACAGUCCCGAAACACUAAUGUUAUAGGCACCAGAGGAAUUGUUGUUUGGGAUGCACAACAUUCAUUUAUAUUAGUUGUUCCACGAAACGAAGAUAGUAAAGAAUGGAAUGAAGAAAAAUCACGAUUCAGUCCUAGUGAAAUGGUAGGUGGAUUGAAAGUUAUUCCCAAAAAGCAUACAAUGUUUGGGUUUGAUAUCAUUGACCCACGUAACGAAAAUGACUGUUACGGGUUUACUAUAGUGGGAUCAAGAUUUGAGAUUAGAUCAGUUGAAAGAUCAGGCAAGAAAUUUAAAAAUCAUUCAGUUGAUGAUAUUCUAUAA